AUGUCUUCAAAUAAUGAAUCACAAUCAUUCUUAAUUGGUCAACGAAAACGCAUUGCAUUAGUUGCACAUGAUAAUAAAAAAGCUGAACUAAUUGAAUGGGUUAACCGAAAUCGAGAUCAACUACUUAAACAUGAACUUCAUGCAACUGGUACAACAGGAUCCUUAAUUGAAGCAGCAUUAGGCAUUCCAGUAAUCAGAUAUAAAUCAGGUCCAUUAGGCGGUGAUCAACAACUUGGAGCUAGAAUAGCUGAUCAAUUUAUUGAUGUACUUAUUUUUCUUGCUGACCCACUUGAAGCGCAACCGCACGACUCUGAUGUUCGAGCAUUAACACGUCUAGCAAGUGUUUGGAAUAUUCCAAUGGCGUGCAAUUUAUCAACAGCUGAUUUCAUUCUUACAUCUCCAUAUAUGACUAGUACAUACGAACGUAUAGUGCCGACUUUUGAACGUUACUUAAAACGCGAUAUCAAAAUUCAUCCAAAUCCUUAA